CCCUUGUCGCGAUUGUUUGGUGUUGGGAAACAAUGACGUGGCAGGGUUCCGCAAACACCAUCACGGCCCGCGCCAAGACCACCUGCACCUUCUCUCUAAUUUUCCUUUUCAGGAUCCAAGCUGGGUCGCAUAUCUCACCACAGCUUCAACACUCAGCUCUGCGUGCCUCGGUCGCAGAACACCAAUUGACACUGCUGCCAAUUGCUGCGAGACCAUUGACGUCGCGACCAGACGCGUCUCCUCGUCUUCAGUCUGAGCGACUAUCCGUGCUCCAAUCACCGAGCGCAGUCACAGCCAUGAAACUGUAACACCCAAUCGUCUAGGCUGCCAGUACAGACCAUCUACUGGUCCUUCUGGGCGAACGACCUUUUUCACUUCCAACCUUUUCACUUGCUUCCUCUACAUCUCAUCUUUUCUAUCCACGCGUUAUAGCCUUGCCUAGGAGCUAGGCGCAUCAACC